AUGGGAAACAGAACGAAAAUUUUAAUAGGAUUGGGAAACGAAAUAAAAAAAGGAAUUUCUCCGAAUUUGUGCAAAGGAGACGUAAGCAGAAUGUACUUGGACUUUUUGAACAAGAAAUAUAACAUGGAUGAAUGGCAUCACAUAAGUAACAUUAAUUCCUACGUAGCAGAGAAAAAUGACAUAAUUUUAAUUAAACCUGUAAAAUGCAUAUCACAAAAUAGUGGAAUGGUUAUAAAAAAUAUUUUGCAUUAUUUAAAUUGUAAAGACCUAAAAAAUGUUUGCAUAAUUGUACCUGACAUGUAUAGGUUAGUUGGAAAAUUUAAAUAUAAAAAUUAUACGAAAAUUUAUAAAAAAUUAGGUGCUGAUUUUUAUAACAUAUUAAACGCCGACAUAAUAAACAAUUUAUUGAAUAACAAUUUUUUACAACUAUGUAUUGGUGUGAAUAAUUUACCAAAUGAAAGAAAAUUUAACAUAACGACAACCUUUCAGGAAUGCAUAAAUGAGCAUGAGCAUAAAAUAUUCUUAAAAAUUUUCCAGUUGGCUGAUGAAUAUUUUAGUAAAAAAAUUAUGAACAGCAAGGUGAUAACAACAAAUCAUAUUCACUUUAAGGAGAAAUACCCAGCCAUGGAGCCGCAGAAAAGUUUUAAGAGAAGUACGGCUAAGCGCAGAUACAUUCUGGAUGUCUACCGUCACAUGUAUAAGUAG